AUGAUUAAAUUUGUCCUUAUGAUCAAUAAACAAGGGCAGACAAGGCUCAGUCGCUAUUAUGAGAACUUGUCUGUCUCUGAGAAAUGCUCACUCGAAGGUGAAAUUAUUCGAAAAUGUAUGUGCCGUGACGAGAACCAAUCAUCAUUUAUGCAUAUUCGUCAGCAUAAGAUAGUCUACCGAAGAUAUGCAAGCCUAUAUAUCGUUAUUGGUGCAACCGAAAGUGAGAACGAGCUGGCGCUGCUCGAACUGAUCCAUCAUAUUGUCGAAACUAUGGAUGGAUAUUUUGAAUCGGUCUGCGAGUUGGAUAUCAUGUUUAAUCUAGAAAAGGCGCACUAUAUAUUAAACGAAAUGAUCUCAAACGGUAGGAUCAUCGACACAAAUCGCACAAAUAUCCUUUAUCCAAUCUUCCUGAUGGACAAAGCGCCUAAGAACGGUUGA